GCGGGGAGACAGGCACCGGGCCCCCAGGCGGGGCGACAGGCACCGGGCCCCCAGGCGGGGCGACAGGCAUCGGGCCCCCAGGCGGAGCGGGAGGCGCCGGGCCCCCAGGCGGAGCGGCGGGCGCCGGGCCCCCAGGAGGGGCGACAGGCAUCGUGCCCCCAGGCGGAGCGGCGGGCGCCGGACCCCCAGGCGGAGCGACAGGUCUCGGGCCCCCAGGCGGAGCGGCGGGCGCCGGACCCCCAGGCGGAGCGACAGGUCUCGGGCCCCAGGCAGAGCGACAGGUCUCGGGCCCCCAGGCGGAGCGGCGGGCGGCGGACCCCCAGGCGGAGUGACAGGUCU